AUGCCUUCCAGGAGUCAAAGCAUUCGAAAAGAGGUCGAAGUAGCGCUGCAUGAACACCGCUUCCUCGUGACGAAAUUGCUUGAAUCACUUCAUACUUCCUCAUUACCACCAUCAACUAUUACAGCCACGAGACUGCGUACAGUGACUGAGACAUUCAACAAAGUACUGGAAAAGGAUCGUGAACUACUGGCAGCUGUGAAAAAUUUGGCUCGACAUCAGGUGGCGCAAAAGGAAUUGCUGCGGAUAGAGGCGGAGAUUGAACACAAGAAGCAAAAGGUAGUUGAAUAUGCAGCUCAAUUGCGUCAGUCUCAAGAGGAAAUUGCCAAUGUGCUGAAAAAGCAUUCUGUAGUGCUGCAGAAUGCCAAACAGAAGACCAAAGUGGUCCUUGAUCCUCGUGAUAUUGUCGCCUAUGCGCACCGUAUUGCUGGCACAACAUCGGCACCAAAGGAGUGGCAGCCUGGAUUUCCAAUGUUUGGCUUUAUGCCCCCAGCACCGCAGGAACACAUGAUGCGUGCGGGUGUGCUGAGUCGUGGUAUUGUCGCCGAGAUCGUCACGCAAGGUCCAGAGAAGUACACGUCAACCGCAGUGCGUGUAAAGCAGGAAGGCGCUGGUGGUGAAGAUAUCGAAAAGCUUGACAUCCCGAUUGGAUUGGGUGCGAGCGAUGCUCAGAUCCGUAAGCAAAUGCCGCCAGGAUGGAAACCGGGUGACCCGGUUGAUCUGCCGCUUGAUGCUUUGCUGCACUAUAUGGGUCGAAGUUUCUUUGUCGAACACGGCAUUGUGUUGCCAGAGUCUUGGAAAACAGGUGACUCACUGCCUUCAGAUGCUAUGGAGAUUUUGCGUAAGAAGUUCAAGCUGCCGGAAAAGCGAACGGCUUUAUACGACGACGAGGUAGUCGACGACGUUGAGACUUUGCGUAAGAAACGCAAACUUGAAGAGGGUGAAAAGACUGAAGAUGGUACUGCUGAAAGUGAGAGUUCAAGCGACUCAAGUGAUAGUGAUGAAGAGGCUCCAGACACAAUCUCACUCAGCCUCUCGUCUUCCGAAGACGAAAGCGAGAGUGACUAA